CGAGAGCUGCCUCAAAUCACUCAAAACGGUAGUUCUCCUUUUCUCGCUACUUUUGCUUGGGCAACCCGAGUGAUUGUCAAUCCAUUCUGCCGGUCCGUUGUCGGGCUGUUUGUCGUUGCUACUGCCAACUGGCGCCUUGGCAAUUGUCUGCUUUCGGGAGCCAUCAAAGUCGAGGUUAGUUCGGCAGAUUCAAGUCGAGGAGAGGAGAUGUCUGGAGAAGAUCGUGCGGGUGAACUUGGAGCCGACAAAGAGUUUUUCCUUUCCACAAUUGCCCUGGCAACCUUGGCCGCCGAUGCCUGGGCUAGCAACAUUCCAGGGAGCCCAGGAAGACCACAGCUCUAG